AUGCGUGAUCAACACACUCAUGAUUACAGGUACUCCUCCAUCGUGUCGUCGGCGUUGAGGGUCCUUCUCAAUUCUCAAAUUAUUGGAGUAACCGUCAGAGUUCACGACUGUCGCAUUUUGUUUGACUUUGUCGUUUUUCGAAACGGAGACCUAACUUUGUUGAAAAUAGAAUACGAGAAGGAAGCGUCUGGGUACAGAUUUAAGAUGAAUGGAAGAGCAGAACGGAUUUGUAGUGGUGACUUCAUGCGCUCAUCUUUAGAGCACUUCAGACAAUUUCUCAGCUCUGUGCAUGUGUGCUCGAGUUUGUCGAUCACCACAGGAUCAAGCAGUCUCAACACUUUGUAUCUGCAUCAUAUCACAGAAAUUCUCAGAAAAAGGGAGAUCUUGCUUAAGGUGAACGAGUUCGUGCUGACGGUCCCGUCAAAAAAUGGGCAUGUCGCCUCGAUUUUGUCCUUGCUAGAUCCCGACGCUCUCUCUGCUGUUAAGCUGAAUACAUCAGAAAUGAUGUCAGAGCAACUUCUAGAUCAACUUUCUAAAUUUCCUAACGCUUCUACGACCAUUCAAGCCUCUGAUCUCAGUGAUCUUUUGUUUUUGAAAGAGCACUGCGUUCGAUUUUUAUCCCCAUUCGGAAAGUUCAUACUCAAAGGAUCGUUUGAUAAAAGUGAUGCCUUUGAAUUAUUCGGUGAUCCCAUGAAUACUGGAAGUUCUGCCCAUCAAUGGUUCUUCGCAAGCCAAGUAGAUGGAUAUGAUGUUUGCAUUGAGCAGAUUGAUUUGGAAGAAGGCUUGUCAUUAACGUUUUCUCGGGUUCCUUCGACUGAGAAACUGAAAAUGACACUCUCAUCUCCGAGACCUUCCAUAAAUCUGGUAACAUUUGCUAAACACUACCCACCGAUUAUGACACCAAUCGUUACUAACGCAACCUUCCCAACAUUAUUGGCCCUCCGAGAUGUAUCCAGAGAUCUUCGAACUUUCAUCGAUAGACAUCAUCUACAUUAUCAUCCGAUCAGAAUGCACGUUUAUUUUGACACCGAUUCUGCGAUUGUUCGUAUUUCCGGCGAUGGCGACGAAGUCACUGGGAACUGCUCCGAGAUUUCAUCAAGCUGGCUGGAAAAGUAUGGCGAAAAUAUUCAAUCGUUUUCUUGUGAUUUUCACGGUUAUUCUUCGCAAAAGAUGCAAGAGCUGAAGAACUUCCUACACUCUUCCAAGAACAAGAUUUCCAUGGCCAGCUUGAAGCUGAAAGGGAAUAGUGAGAUAGAUAGAGUUCAUUGAGCUUUUGGAUUGCCUCGAUGAGAGAAAAUUGAGAAAACUUACGAUCUCUUCAUCUGCUGAUAACAACUGGAAUCAGGUCCUUGUUCUUGACAAAAUAACUGAGACAGGUCACUGGAAGCACGCUGUGGACUUGGUUUUAACAGGAGCCAAUAUUUUGGUUUCCAUCCAACGUCUUCAACACUUUCUUAGAGUGAAGGCUUUCUUGGAGACUAUUCCAGUUGAAGAUGUGAUCUUCUUGAAGAAGGCACUUCUUCCUUCUUCACUUCCCAGAAACUUCGAGCUCACUACUUCCGACAAUUUCGAUUUGCAAAGCCUUUCGAUUGGAUGUCCAGCAUCACGUGAAGGCGGACAUCACAAAUGGGUUUUCCAAGACGAGAAGGUCCUCGAAGUUACAGUUCAUGACUGGAAGGACGGAAAGACUCGCAUCCAAAUGCGUCAUUUGAAUGAUAAAUCUUUGGAAUUUUGA